AUGGAGGACGAAGACAAGAAGAAACCCAAGAUGGGAAUCAAAGAAUGCAAAGCACCCAAAGACCACACUAAAAUGACCAUGAGAGAGCUGAUCUAUUACCUGCCUGUUUCCAACCCAAUGAAGUCUUUCACAGAAGAGGAGCAGAAAGCAUCAGAGACAGUAUUAGAUGACUCUCCUACACCAACGUCUUCUAAGACUCCAGCUGCUCCAUCAGUUCAGGAGACAGUUGUAGAAGAUGUUGGUAAUGAAGAAGAUGAGGAAAGAAUGCAAGAAACCCAGCCGGAGGAGGAAGAGCCUCUUCUAGUGCCCAGGGUGAAGGUGGCAGAGGAUGGCUCUCUGAUUAUAGACGAGGAGAGUUUAACAGUCCAGGUGUCAAGGGCAAAAGGACCCAAUCCGGCAGAAGACAGAGAUCCUAUAUUUGAACGUGGCUCUACCACCACCUACUCCAGCUUUAGGAAGGGGACCUACACCAAACCCUGGUCCAAUGGAGAGACUGAAAUGUUUUACUUGGCCAUCAGCAUGGUGGGGACAGACUUCUCCAUGAUUGGUCAGCUGUUUCCACACCGAGCUCGAAUUGAGAUUAAGAACAAGUUCAAGAAAGAGGAGAGAAAUAACUCAUGGAGAAUAGAUAAAGCUUUUAAGGAGAAGCGGCGUUUGGAUCUAGAUUUCUUCCAAACAUUAAUGGAGCAGAUCCUAAAAAACGAGAAAGAUAAGAAAAACAAAAACAAAGAGCUCAUCAAGUUGGCUAAAGCGCAGAGGAGAGUCCAAAGGAAAGUGAGAGCAGCUAAAAGAAAGGAAAUGGACUCUUCAUCGGAUUCAGACAGUGAUGUGGUGGCUGGAGAAAAGGAGAAUGAGGACCUCUCAAAUGAUGGAGGAAGUGAUACCACUCCAAAGAAGCGCAGAGGAAGAGGGACGAAUACUCCAGACAGGAGAAUCAAGAGGACGAAUGGAGAGGCUGAAAUAGAUGAACCGGAGGACUGUGAAAAUCUUACUUCUGAUGGCCAGUCACAAGAUGACAAUAGAUACAAGAGUUCUGCUAUUAAACCAGCUCAGCUCAAAGGUCGACCGCAGAGACCGAUCCCAGACCUCAGCCGCAGAUGGGGGAACAGGUGCCCUGUGCCGAAAUGCAAAGAGAACGGAACCUCAGUCGGGGAGGAGAGUAAGAUGGACAAGUACCCCAAGGUGCCUUCAGCCUCUGUAAAAGAGAAGAAGCAGUCUGCAGUUCUCCUUGAACUGGAAGAUUUAGAGGAAGAAGAACCUGACCUGUGCGCUGUACAAGAACAGAUAUUCAAUAAACCAACCAGGUCAGGAAGGAUCCCUAAGCUCUCUCAGCAUGUAAUACAGGCAGCGGCAGAGGAAGAGGAAGAUGAGGAAGAGCUCUCUGAUCUUCCUGUGUUUUCCAAAGUUCGUGGUCAGGACAUUAAGGCACCUGGCUGGAGAGCUAAAUUAAAACCAGGUCCCAGAUUGAAACAGGGCAUGCCUAGAAGGGGGAAAUCUAGACUGGUGACCUUACUGGCCUCUGGAACUGAAGAUGGUGAUGAGGAGGAGGAGGAAGUAGAAGAAUCUGUCCUGAGCCAGGAAGACUUCCCUUCAAAUCCUGAAGAGGAAAACCAGGCGUUUGUGCCAAUGAGUUUACGCCAUCUACCUCCUGUUAAUUCAGAGGUGGUAGAAACCAUGGAAGAGCUGGACAUUUCUUUGAAUGUGCCUGAUAUCCUGGGCACAUCCCAGAAUGCUUUGUGCCCCGAGUUGUCAUGUGAUCAGGGCACGGUGCAUGUUGGCCAGUUGGACCUGCUUGUUGUAAGUCUCACCAACAUCAUCUAUGUCUCUCUAUGUAGAGAGAUCAACAAUGAAGCCGCUGAGACUCUUCUGACCAUCGGGAACUCAGCUCAGAUGAUCCAGACAUCAGAAAUGCCCUGUACAAGUGGAAAUGAGAUUGUUGUACAUGAAGAGGUCGUCCAUGAGGAAGUUAUCACAGAAACAGCUGUCAUGUCUGGUUCUUCUGUAAGCUGCGAAUCAGAGACAAAAGGUGACGUUGAAUUUUCGAGCUGUGAAACUCAUAUUCCAGAACCUUCUGCUGAAGAAACCUCCACCCAGAAAGAAGAACCAAUCAAAUCACAGACAUCCGAUGCUCAUCCUGCUCCCAUUCAACAUGAGACACAGUUUCCACCAAGCAAAAGAGGUCGAUUCUCCAAACCGAAACCUAAUAUUGGUCAAGGUUUGAGAACCAGACGAGCUCCACAGCAGCAAAUCUCUCCAGAACUUGUCACAGGUACUUUGGGGACCUCUAAGGGUCCGGCUUCCACAGAACAGGAUAAACAUGCAAUGCAAGAAGGCGGUGUUCCUGUGGAUCCCCUGCCAGACUCCUCUACCAUCCGCCCUGAGGUACUACAGCCGGAUACAUCAUCUGAAAGAAGAGAAGACAGUCCCAAAGUCAUUCCUGAAAGAGUGACUAAAGAAGAUAAUGGAUCUGUCUCAUCUUUGAAGAGAAAGAAUGAUGAUAUAAUCACAGAGGAAAAUAUAAAAGAACAAGAAGGGGGGAGAUCAGAACCACAGCUGACUAAAAGUGUGAACGAGUCUCAGAGCACAUCAGUUGAGCCUUCUAAACCUGUCAGGAGGUACCGCGGACUCAAACCUCAGCCAAACCUGACUCAGACAUCCAGACGCGCACAGACACAAAGCAGCACGACAUCAACCACAGCAGUAUUUAAUGAGAAGCCAUCUGCUGCUCAGCCUUCCAUGACCACUUUCACUAAAAGUCCUGAAGAGGGUGCUGUAGAUACCACAGAACUUGAUGUAUCCAAAAAUGCAGCUCAACAAGAAGGAGCAUCGAGCAUUGAAUCAGCAGAGGUCAAAUAUCUGUUAAAUACAGUUUCUGAAAACGAGUCCAGACAGAAAACCAUGGUCAUGCUGGAUGAGAACAUUAGAACUAAUCCUGAGGAAGUUUGUGAAGGCAGCACUGUGGAACAUCCUGGAUGUGAAUCAGAAGACACAUCUGCUGAGCCCACGCCUGAGGAACCUGUGUUUAUACUGUCUCUCAUGGAAAUCCCACCCACUUUAGAUGAGGGGGCGGGGUUUCGGACAGAGCUCCUCCCACCUGUGGCAGCGUCUGAGACGCAUUCUCAUGGUCAAAGUGCUAGUGAGAGCAGGGAGGUAUCUCACCUACUGAUCACAGACGCUUUAGUUCCUGUGUCAGAGGAUGAGGAAAAGAAAAGUGAACAGGGAGACGUGGGCAAAUCUAGGACAGGAGAAUUGAAACGCAAGACACCAGCCUCCACAUCUCAGGGGAAUACCAAAGAUGAGAGUCAGGCAGAACAUCAUGUGGAAGGAUUGGAGAGCCUUGUGGUAGAGGGGACUGAUGAUGAGAAGGAACAUCUAGAAAAGAAAAGAAAAAUACCUGAGAGUACCAGGAGAGCAAAGCUGCAAUUUAAACCCAUCCCUGUUUUGCGGAGAAAUGCUCGAGGUGGUGAUGCUAAAGAGGACAUGGCAGCUCUCUCUUUUAAACAGACUACUUCAUUACCCGUUUCAACACGAGAGACGAGAUCAGUGCCAGAGCAAACUGUACCCGCUGUCAUUUCAUCAACAGACAACUCGAUUUCAACCACCAUCUCUGACAGAGAAGCAACUACAGACCUUUCUGCGACUAGCGAUAAUACUCGUUCACCUGUCUCUGAAGAUUCUGUCCAGGUGGGUUCCUCCCAAGGCAUCAUGGGAAAAGUGGACCUCUCAGGCAAAAAGACAGUUGAGUUGGCUAGUACAUCAGACUUGCAAAGUGUCAGUCAAAUCACGCCUAUUGCCACAAGUGGGCCGCUUACAAGACCUGGCAGAAGACUCAAAGGGUUCCUGUCCUUCAUUUCAUCGAAGAAUACACAAGGACCCCCAGCAGCUCAUCGAGGGGCCAAACCAGGCCCCCAAAAACCAGCAGUCAACACCGCACGUCCUGAGAGAAAGCGGAUAGCAGCCGGACCUGUUACCACUGCAACCAACCCUGGAGUAAAGCGACCCUCACAGACCCCUGCUUUCACCACUGCAUCUGUCAUUGAGCAGAACUCAGAUGAAGAACCCACAAGUGUCUCCAAGUACUUCUUCAGUGACAUCUUUACUGAAGUUGAUGAAUUAGAAGACAUGGAUUAAGGCCAAAGGUUGGAAUAACAAACCAGUCACAACUAACUAAAUAGUCAGAAAUAUAGUUUGACAAGUCGGGUGUAUAGACGUGUGAAUAUUUGAAGUUUUUCCCAGGACACUUUUACCAAGAGGAACCACAACUGAAGAGAUGCAGCGAAAACGUACCUCAGUAACAGCUGACAUUAUUUAUUUUAUGUUAUUAUA